AUGGCAUCGCCAGCCAGUGGCUCUGAGGUUGCACAGGUGCCCGUUCCAGAGGUCCGGCUAGUCAAUGGGCGCAGCCGCUGCCAAGGACGCGUGGAGAUCUUCUACAACAACACCUGGGGCACGGUGUGCGACGACGACUGGGACAUCGUGGACGCCAAUGUGGUCUGCCGCCAGCUGGGCUGCGGCCAUGCCAUCGCCAUGCCGGCCACCCUCUCCUUCGGCCAGGGGCGUGGGCCCAUCUUCCUAGACAACGUGGACUGCAAAGGCAGAGAGGCAGCCCUCAGCGAGUGCAGCAGCCACGGCUGGGGCAUCCACAACUGUUACCACUACGAGGACGUGGCUGUCACCUGUAAUGAGCUGUUGCCCACCCAAGCAUCCAGAAGACCAAUCAGCAAAGCGGCCACCGCCUCGUUGCAAAAUGGGGAAAGCGAUGGGAGCAUCCGGCUGGUGAGCGGCGCCAACUCUUGCCAGGGCCGGGUGGAGAUAUUCUACAAAGGGAACUGGGGCACGGUGUGUGAUGACGACUGGGGGCUGAGCGAUGCGGCCGUGGUGUGCAAGCAGGUGGGCUGCGGGCACGCUGUAGAUUACAGGACCAAUGCCUACUUCGGCUACGGCACAGGGCGCAUCCUCCUCGACAACGUGAAUUGCGACGGGAGCGAGCCGCACCUCUCAGCCUGCUACAGCCUGGGCUGGGGCAUCCAUAACUGUGGUCACCACGAGGAUGCUGGCGUCAUCUGCUCAGGUCUCGGGAUGACCACGACCACAGCUGCCACCACCUCAGUGGCUCCCAACUAUGAACAGUCAUUCACUGAUACAGCCACAGUCACAGAUGGUCGAGAUCAGCCUUCUCCUGAGACUGAGGUGAUGGUGACCUCAGCCCUUCUCCUGCUAGAAAGAAGAAGUGGUGGCAUACGAUUAGCAAACGGGAACAGCAGUUGCCAAGGGCGGGUGGAAGUCCUGUACGGGGACUCCUGGGGGACGGUCUGCGACGACGACUGGGACUUCCCCAACGCCCAGGUGGUCUGCCGGCAGGUGGGCUGCGGCUCAGCGGUGGUGGCCACCGUGCUGGGCUACUUCGGCUACGGCACUGGACCCAUCCUCCUGGACAAUGUGGACUGCGCCGGCACAGAGACUGACCUGUCUGACUGCUUCAACCUGGGCUGGGGGCAGCACAACUGCGGGCACCACGAAGACGCUGGCGUCAUAUGCAGAGGUGCAGAAGAAUCUGGAGAUCUCUUCCAAGAAGACCCUUUUGCCACCACCACAUCAACCACCACACGUCCCAAGGAUGGCUUCCUCCGCCUGGUCAACGGGAGCCACCGCUGCGAAGGGCGGGUGGAGAUGUUCUACCUGUCUCAGUGGGGGACAGUGUGUGACGAUGCUUGGGACCUCAAGGACGUGAAGGUGGUGUGCAGGCAACUGGGCUGUGGGGGGGCCUUGGCCGCCUGGGGGGAGGCCCGCUACGGCCAAGGGACCGGCUACAUCUUCCUUGACAACCUCAAGUGCAAAGGCGACGAGAGCUCCCUGCUGCGCUGCUCCCACAUCCGCUGGAACGUGCACAACUGCGACCACUCGGAAGACGCGGGAGCUCUCUGCAGGCUCCUGUGAUGCGCCGGAAGACGGAUGUUGCCAGCCCUCGCAAGGACAGCGCUCCAGUUGUGGGAGCCUCAGUUUCCUCGGACAGUGGCUGAAACCUUCUCAUUCCAAUGGUGCCUUUGCAGCUUUUGUGUGUGCCUGUGUACACGUGUGUAAAUCUCUGUAUAAAAGUUGGCGUGUGUACCUGACAUAGAGAACACCCUCUACCCCACUGUUGCAGCCAGGAAGACUGCUUUUCGCUCAUCGCCUCAGUCAGGGGGUGGGGGACCCUCUUCAUCCCGAGGGCCGCAUUCCCUCAUGGAGUAGUCUGCCGGGGGCCAGGUACCGGUGGUGGGGCAGGGCACAGACAAAAGUGGGGGGACGGACACAAAGGACAGGAUUCUUUCCUUUGUCCAGCAGGCUGUGUUCCAAUGGUGCACAAAACCUGCCAGAGGUUUCUACACCUUUGCAUGUACAUUUCUCCACCAUCCAGCGAAGCAAGCGGUCAGUUCAUGGCUUAAGGACACAUUUCAGCCAGGAAGAAGCACCUGAGGAGGGAGCAGAGCAGGCCUGAGGCACUGCGGAGAGAUGUAGCGGGAGUCCCAGGCCACACUCACAACACCAUCCAUUGAAAGCACUCUUUGACACCUCUUCAAAGAGUCAUGGCUUCCCUCAAAGAAUUCUGGGAGAUGGAGAUGGAGUUCAUUCAGGGUGCUGGAAGUUGUUAGAAGAUCCUUAUUGUUCUCAGACCCUCCAAGGGUCCCUAUUUCCCAGGACAGACUUAGAUUAACAGAAGCCAUCCCAGAAUCAUCCCGGCAUGUCCCACUUUUCCUCAGGACGUCCCUACUGUAUUUUCAUCAGAGGAAUGUUGGAGGGUAUGCGCCAUUAAUGAGUCAUGGUUCCCAAAGUGGUUUAACGGUCAAUCCCUCUUCAUGGGUAACUGGGAAUUGUGUCUCUGUGAGGAAAACGGGGGCCACCUAAUAAUUCCCAGCACCCUGAACAAACAACAGCUCCCAGAAUUCCUUGGGGGAAGCCAUGACUCUUUGAGGUAGCAUCAUAAUGCUCUCUGUGAGGGGAAUUGGAGGGUAUCCUGACAACUCUCUGCACGCUUUACCAGCUACAAACUUGCCCCAAAGAAAACUGGGAGCUGUAGUUUGUUAAGGGUGCUGGGAGUUGUCAGGAGACCGCUAAUGCCCUCACAGAGAUACAUACCCCAGAGCCCCCUUUGAAGAAUAUUUUUAUUAAUUUUCCAAUAAAAACAUCCAAUUAACAUCUCCAAUCAUAAUCCAAUUAAAAUAAAAAACUAUUAUUAUUUUUUAUUGAAGAGGGGUUGAUUGUUAAGCCACUAUGGGCAGGGCUGGCCCAAGACAUUUUGUCUCCUGAGGCAAACCACCAAAUGGCACCCAAUUCCCUGCCAGGGAAGGAGGGGAAGAAGGGGUGAGUCAAGAUCUACAUCAGGAACAAGGGGGGUGGGAUAAAGAUCUAUAUCAGUAUCUUCUGCCCCUGUGGAUCCUGCCACCUGAGGCGGUUGCCUCACCUGGUCUCAUGGGAGGGCUGGCCCUUACUAUGGGAAUUGUAGCACUGUGAGGGGAAUAGGCACCUCCUUAACAAACUACAUCUCCCAGGAUUUGAUGGAGUUGAAACCAUUUUAUCGGGAAUAAUCUCUAACAUUCAUUCAGAAUGAAUAGAAGAAAGGAAAACACCAGAAAUUUGUCUUUGCAACAGCAAAGGAAAGGAGAUGCUGGAGAUUGAACCUGAGAACUUCUGCAUGCGAAGCAAGGGCUCUACCACGGAGCCCCAGCAUUGCAGGGGGUUGGACUAGAUGACCCUUAGGGUCCCUUCCAACGUGACAAUUCUGCGAUUUCCCUGAA